AUGCAUCAACUCUUUCUUUCUGUUCCAGCACAAAUUGAAGUGAUACCGUGCAAAAUUUGUGGUGACAAAUCCUCUGGAAUACACUAUGGAGUCAUCACAUGUGAAGGCUGCAAGGGAUUCUUCAGGAGGAGUCAGCAGAACAAUGCCUCAUAUUCCUGCCCAAGGCAGAGAAACUGUUUAAUUGACAGAACCAACAGAAAUCGUUGCCAGCACUGCCGACUGCAGAAGUGUCUUGCCCUGGGAAUGUCUCGAGAUGCUGUAAAGUUUGGAAGAAUGUCCAAAAAGCAGAGGGACAGUCUCUAUGCUGAAGUACAGAAACAUCAGCAACGGCUGCAGGAGCAGCGCCAGCAACAGAGUGGCGAGGCUGAAGCCUUGGCCCGUGUCUACAGCAGUGGCAUCAGCAAUGGCUUAAGCAACCUGAACAAUGAAACUGAUGGCACUUAUUCAAAUGGGCACGUCAUUGAUCUCCCGAAGUCAGAGGGUUAUUACAGUGUGGAUUCUGCUCAGCCCUCCCCAGAUCAGUCUGGCUUAGACAUGACCGGAAUCAAACAGAUCAAGCAAGAACCUAUUUAUGACCUCACUUCUGUACCAAACUUGUUUACCUAUAGCUUUUGCAACAACGGACAAUUAGCUCCAGGGAUAACCAUGGCAGAAAUAGAUCGAAUUGCACAGAAUAUAAUUAAGUCCCAUUUGGAGACGUGUCAGUAUACAAUGGAGGAACUACACCAGCUAGCCUGGCAAACCCACACAUAUGAAGAAAUCAAAAUAUACCAGAGCAAGUCAAGAGAAGCAUUAUGGCAGCAGUGUGCAAUCCAGAUCACACAUGCUAUUCAAUAUGUAGUGGAGUUUGCAAAACGGAUAACGGGCUUCAUGGAACUCUGUCAAAAUGAUCAGAUUCUACUUCUCAAAUCAGGCUGCUUGGAAGUUGUUCUAGUGAGAAUGUGUCGUGCCUUCAAUCCACUCAACAACACCGUUUUGUUUGAAGGAAAAUACGGAGGAAUGCAAAUGUUCAAGGCUUUGGGUUCUGAUGACCUUGUGAAUGAAGCAUUUGACUUUGCAAAGAAUUUAUGUUCACUGCAGCUGACCGAGGAAGAAAUUGCCUUGUUUUCAUCUGCUGUUCUGAUAUCACCAGAUCGAGCUUGGCUCUUAGAACCAAGGAAGGUCCAGAAACUUCAGGAAAAGAUUUAUUUUGCACUUCAACAUGUGAUUCAGAAGAAUCAUCUUGAUGAUGAGACUUUGGCAAAGUUAGUAGCCAAGAUACCAACUAUUACUGCACUUUGCAACCUGCAUGGAGAAAAACUGCAGGUAUUUAAACAAUCUCAUCCUGAUAUAGUGAACACACUUUUUCCUCCACUAUACAAGGAACUGUUCAAUCCAGAUUCUACCACUGGUUGCAAGUGA